CCUCCGCAAACUCAGGGACCGCCACGAUCUAAUAAUAAUCGUCCGUUGGAGGGUGUCUCGAAACAACGCUCGAGAGAUCUUCCAUUCUUUCUCCGCUCCUCUUUAUGCUGAUCCAUAGUCAAUCGUUGCACUCACCUUCCGCUGGACUGGAAUCUAGGGUUUCUGCUCUACGGAAUUAGUUAGGUAUCCAGAUCCAGAUGGAAGAGCAGCAGGCGGCUCCUCGCGAUCCUAGCACGGGGGAGACGGCCCCCAGGUUGCCUCCCCGCCGGAGCUCCUCCUUCGGGCACCGGAUCCCCGACCAGCCGCCGUGGGCCGGCGACUACGGCUUCGUGGGUGGUGAUCGCAGGCUGGCCUUCUCGCGCCAACCGUCUUUCCGACAACCUGAGCCCCACUCGCCGUUUCCGCCUCAGAGGACUCAGUCCCUCAGGGCGAAUCUCUCCCGGAGCGAUUCCUUCAUCAGUAUCCCCUCGUCUGGGAGCGAUGAGUACGGGAUGGGGUAUGGCAAAUCCGCCAUGAACGGCGGCCGAGAUAGUCGGAACCUCUCGCUGCUUCACUGGAUGGUAUCGGUGGUUCAAGCCAUAAGUUCGGGUAAUCGGCCGAUGAAGCGGUUGGCUUUGAUGAUCUCGCUCAACGUGGCUUAUUCUACAGCGGAGUUGUUGAUUGGCAUUUUCACCGGGCGCGUAGGUUUGGUAUCGGAUGCAUUUCAUCUUACCUUUGGUUGUGGCCUUUUAACGUUUUCAUUGUUUGCAAUGGCUGCUUCUAGGAAGAAGCCUGAUGGUGUAUAUACCUAUGGGUACAAAAGAUUGGAAGUACUAUCAGCUUUUACAAAUGCUCUGUUUCUAUUGUUUAUGUCAUUCUCCAUAGCAGUUGAAGCACUACAUGCAUUUAUUCAAGAUGAAUCUGAGCACAAGCACUACCUAAUUGUUUCAGCUGUGACCAAUCUUUUGGUGAACAUACUAGGAGUUUGGUUCUUUCGGAGCUAUGCUCGUGUUAAUAUUGUUUACAGGAAAGCUGAAGAUAUGAACUAUCACUCGGUCUGCUUACAUGUUCUUGCAGAUUCUAUUCGGAGUGCAGGUCUGAUCCUGGCAUCCUGGUUUCUUAGUUUAGGGGUUGAGAAUGCAGAGGUUUUAUGCUUGGGGCUUGUUUCAGUUGCAAUAUUCAUGGUUGUUAUGCCACUCUUUAGAGCUUCAGGCAAUAUAUUGCUCCAGAUGGCUCCUGCAAGUAUACCUUCUUCUGCCUUUAGCAAAUGCUGGAGACAGAUAACUUCUCUUGAGGAUGUUUCUGAAGUCUCGGAAGCUCGAUUCUGGGAACUGGUACCAGGUCAUUGCAUUGGAUCUCUCUCAGUUCAGGUUAAGAGAGGAGCAGAGGACCUUCCAAUCCUGCGCUACGUGCAUGGAUUAUAUCAUGACCUGGGCAUACAGGAUUUGACUGUUCAAGUGGAGCAUUUGUAAGUUGACGUCGAAUAGAGUAUUUUUGUUUCUUCUUUGCCUGGGGCUGUGAACAAUAAUGUCAUGUGUUACAAUUUUUGUGGUUUUGAUUUGGAUUUUAUA